AUGCUUCGUGUAUAUCCUUUAAACCAUAUUUGUCCUCGAACAACAACACUUGCUUUGAUUCGACAUGCUACAACCACUCCAUCUUCCUCGUCAACGACAACUACUUCGAGUGCUAGCAGUAGCAGCGGUAAUCUGAGCACUAAUAGACCAACGACGCCAGCUGCUUCAACAAGCACAAUCAAACCAACUAAUGCUGCAAGUACAACAUAUAGUACUAGUGGAAGUAGUAACAAUCCGUUGGGUGGAACAUCAUCGACAACUGGAUCAGGAGCGUACAGAACUGGUACAAGUUCAGGAACAGCAUCUGGUACUUAUUCAAGUGGGUCUAGCCAAGGAAGUUCAAGUGGAAGUGGUGCAUUAAAAUGGACUGCCAUUACUUUAUUAACGGCAACAACUGGUGUAAUAGCCUAUGCAGAAUAUGAUUCAAAAUUUCGUCGAAGUUUAGAAAAUUCCGUUCCGUUUUCUAGUCAAAUCCUAUCCGGUGUUGAUCAAAUCGUCGAUCCAUUAACUGGACGCAAUAAAAGCAUAACAACACGAAUUAAUGAAAAAUUACCUGAUUUAGCUUAUGUCAAAGAGAAAGUACCGGAUGCGAAAACAGCAAAAGAUACUUUAUCAUCAGCUCAGAAAACUAUUACAGAUACAGUAACAACUGUCAAAGAUAAAUUACCUGAUUAUAAAACCGUUAAAGAUAAUUUAUCAUCCGCUCAAAAAACCAUUACAAAUACGGUAUCAACAGCAAAAGAUAAAAUUGAAUCAGCUGCAACGACCGUCAAAGAUCUACCGAAAACAAAGGGAACAUCAGGAGAAAAACCAGCAAAAAUGGCCGAUCCAAUGUUUAUAGAAGAACCUGGUGUACCGUUAGCACCCCCACCUAUAACUGUCGAAAAUUAUAAAAAAUUGGAGGAAGAGUUGAAUAAAAUGUAUGAUACAAUUAAAGAUUCGAGUCAUGAAAUUACAAAAUCAGCAGAAAAAACACUUGCAUCAGUUCAAGAGCAUACAAAACAUAUGAAGCAAGUUAUGGAGAAAAAAGUGGAAGAGGUCAGUGAUGAUGUUUGGAAAAAAGGUGAAGAAUUACAAAAACAAGCUUCAUCGGCGUAUGAUAAGACAAUAUCAGAUAUAGAUUCAUGGAAAAAACAAUCAAAAGAAUAUGGUACUAAGUUAGAAAAAUAUGGUUCCGAUACAAAGCAAACAUCAAAAGAUGUAUAUAACAAAUUGUCAAAAGAUAUGAAAGAUUUAGAAGAACAAAUCGAAGGAAAAUUCAAAGAAUUACAUUCAUCGUAUCAAACGUCGUCAUUUGUCUCAAAAUUUAAAUCAUAUAUUGAUGAUGCAACAAAAUCAUUUCAAAAAGAAAUCGAAACCAUGUUCCCGUCUUUGGCUAAAAAAUCACCAACAAAUUUAGAUAAAGAAGAUUUACAAGCAUUACUGGCACAUGCACAUAAGAAAAUAGCCAAAUUACAUCAAGAUAUUUCUAAAAUGAAAACGGUUGAAAAAGAUACUGUUGACGCGGCUUUACUAAAAGCAAAAGCUGAAGUUGAUACGAUAGUGGAACAACGUGUUCAAGAAAAAUUAGCCGACACGACUCGUCAAUUAAGUUUAGAAUUAAAACAAUAUGAAGAAAUUUUACGUCGUCAAUUUGAUGAACAAUUAAAAAGAGAAAUUGUUUUACAACAUAGUGCAUUGACACAAUAUCUGUCAGAUAUUUUGUCGAGGCAAUAUGAUGAAUGGACAAAAACAUAUGAGAAAAAAUUAGAUGAGGAGACAUUAAAUGUUCGUUUAAAUAUUCAACAUGAAUUAUAUCAAGCAUUUCAACGUGUACAAGCCAUUGAAACAGCAAUAGAUCAAAAUCAUGAUGCCGAAUUAAAAGCAAAACAAGCACAAAAGUUAUGGAUACAAGCACAAAAUAUUUUAAAUACAAUCGUUAGUGGCGAGGGUACUGAACAUUUAAACAAUGAUAUUGAUACAAUUUUACAGAUCGUACCCGAUGAACGUUUUGUGCAGGUGCUUGUCUCUGAAUUAAAAUUAAAUAGUUCUACUGAUGCAUUACAUACAAGUGAAGAUUCCUUACGUGAACGUUUUCAACGUGUUAAAACAUUAUGUAAACGUUUGUCUAUGGUUGAUCAGAACCAUCAUUCAUUAAUGACUUAUAUCCUCUCUUAUUUGCAAAGUUUAUUCAUUAUACAUCCUCGUCAUGCCCAAAAAUAUGAUGAAAAUGAAGAUGAAACUACGCUUGAUUUAUCUCAUUUAUCAACAUUUUCAAUUCUUAAUUAUGUGCAAAAUUAUAUUGAUCAUGAUCAAUGGUUAAACGCUUUACGUCUUAUACAAUUGUUGCGUGGUGAAGCGCGACAAUGUGCACAAAGUUGGAUUCAAGAUACACAACAAUAUCUAGCACAAAAACAAACAUCGAAAUUAUUGGAAGCCUACUCAAAUUCAAUUGGAUUAGGAACUCUACCACGACAUAUGCAACAAUAA